GAAGGAGAAUCCACAACGCAACCUUGAAAUUAGGCAAUCGCUGACAGAAAGACAAAAAUUUGGUGCUUUUGUUAUUUUUUGUGAUCUCUGAGUCAUUGUUACACUUAUUUUUUAAAGCAAUAUCAAUCUCUAAAGAGAAAUUAGGAAAGAACAUUCAUAUGCGAUAACGUAAUUACGAAUAAGGAAAGUAACAUACAAGUUAACCGCAAGUCAUUUGCUGUCAUUGAAAUAACCUUAUAUUUACAUAUCAUUUACCUGACAAUCUCCAGAAUCAAUCAGCCAGCCAGGUAGAUAGCGGCUUCUGAAAGAUAUCGCACAGAUUUCAUUUUAAAAGUCAAUAGAAAUUAUUUAUUUAUUUUUUUUGACGACGUAACACAUCAAGCAAGUCACGAUGGCAGGUUUCAGCGGUGUAUUGAAGCUCACUGAUUUAGACGAUUUUAUUGCCCCUUCACAGGAAUGUGUUAAGCCGGUGAAGGUGGAGCCGAAAGCAGGGCGAGGAGUCAUCAGAAUUGAAAAUGAUAAAGCAGACGACCUAUUAACAGAGCCAAAGUAUGAAAAGGCCAAGAUUACUCUGAAUGACUGCCUAGCCUGCAGUGGAUGCAUCACAUCGGCAGAAGUGGUUCUGGUUAGCCAGCAAAGUCAUGAAGAGUUUUACAGAGUCCUUGUAGAAAACAGCAACCUUGGUGAACAGGAAAGACGCAGAGUAGUUGUAUCCCUUUCCCCGCAGUCUGUGCUUUCUUUAGCUGCUAAGUUUGGACUGAAUGCAGAUGACUGUGCUCAGAAAUUAACAGGGUACUUUAAAGGCCUUGGUGUCCAUCAUGUCUUUGAUACUAACUUUGCCAGGAGCCUCAGCUUAUUAGAGGCGCAGAAAGAAUUCAUAGAGAGGUACAAGAGGAAAGACUCUGAUCCAAAAGCCUUUCCUAUGCUUGCAUCUGCCUGUCCAGGUUGGAUCUGUUAUGCAGAGAAAACACAUGGGUCCUACAUUCUGCCUUAUAUCAGCAGUGUUAGGAGCCCACAGCAAGUAAUGGGGGCUCUUGUAAAGGACCUGUGGGCUGCAAAAAAUAAAAUAUCUCCAGAAAAAGUCUACCAUGUUACAGUGAUGCCUUGUUUUGACAAGAAGUUAGAAGCCUCAAGAGAUGACUUCUACAGUGAACUAUAUCAGACCCGUGAUGUUGACUGUGUCAUUACAUCAGUGGAGGUAGAACAAAUGCUUCUGCGGGACCAAGUUGAUCUGUCUACUGUCGCCCCAUCUCCUCUGGACACUGACCUCAGUUCUGGGCCGAAGUUGACGUCCCACGAAGGCUCUGGCUCAGGUGGAUAUGCCCACCACGUCUUUAUCAGUGCGGCUAAACAGUUGUUUGACAAGGAUUCAAAUCAGUUAGAGUGGAAGACAAUGAGAAAUGUGGAUUUCCGUGAGGUGACUUUGGAAGUGGAUGGUGAGCCAGUUUUACGGUUUGCUUUGGCCUAUGGGUUUCGAAACAUCCAGAACUUGGUGCAGAAGGUGAAGAGGGGGAAGAGCCCCUAUCAUUAUGUUGAAGUAAUGGCAUGUCCUUCAGGAUGUCUGAAUGGUGGGGCACAAGUCCGUCCAGAGAGUGGCACGUCAGCAAAAGAAUUAGUGGCCAAGCUAGAGGAAGCAUAUGCAUUACUUCCGACUGUUAACCCUUCCGAAGACCCUAAAGUACCUGCCUGUUACUCAGAGUGGCUUGGUGGUCCUACCUCGGAGAAGGCACAGAAGUUGUUACACACACAGUAUAAGGCAGUUGAAAAGUCUACAAAUGUGCUUGGCAUUAAAUGGUAAACAGGUUGA